AUACUCUUGUAUCCGCACGUGAUUUCCGCAUAUUGUAUUGUGUUUUGCUAGGAUACUAUUAUUGACCGGCUCCAUGGGUCUGAUUCCUGUGCUUUUGGCUUCAAUCUCCAAACCUCUGGAGAUUACAUACAAAGUCUCAAGGCUCGCCCUUCGGCUGAAGGGCACUCGUAAGGUCUUAGGUGUUGCAGACCAUCUCGUAACGUUCACAUUGGACCUGAAAGGAAAAAUUAAGCUCUCUCUCGCCCUGCUUCUGUUGAAGCUUGUCCAUGGCAAACUUCGCUGCCAGAAGCUUGCAUCACAGUGUUGCAAGUGGCUUGAUGUGCACCGCAAAGGAGCAGCUUCUGGCGACAGCAACGAGCGUCUUCUCGAGGACCUGAACGACUUAUUCUGUCCAAGGAAUGAAGUGGUCGUUGGCAAUGCCACGCCGUUGACAAGGGCCGGUCUGCUCUUUCUGCGUGAUUGUCUCGACCCGAUUCAAACGGCAGACAAGGACAUCUCCUCCCGCUUCAUAGGGCCGGGGGGCCAGCUGGAUGUUCGCGCAGCCCUGACCGCCUUUUACGGCACAGCCACCGCCCACAAGCUGGCAGACGUGCUGGCAGCGUCGUCGGUCUCACCCAAUACCAAGUCCCUCAUGCUCAAGGUGUACGACGACCUGCGUUACGCACUGCGCCGAGACCUGACGGAGAUGUUCAUACUCGCUCUCUCACUACCCUCCUACAUCCAGUGCUGGAUUAUCCAAAGACACAACGCCACGAUUCAGGGCUGUGCUGAUGGUAGUGCAGGCGCCAUGCAUAUUAUCCGCAAAUGGAGACAUACAGAAGCAAUUCGGAUUUUUUGUUGUGCUGUCAUUAUUGAUAUCUGCUGGAGCGCAACUAUUGUGGUCAUGGAUGAGCAAGAGAAGGGAACUGAGGACAUCCUUGGACUGGAGUGUAACGGCUACUACAUUUAA